CCGAUCUUCAGCUCUGCUGCGACUCAUCUAAACGAACGGAUCGGAUCUCUGUCCAAAUAUCUGUGUUCACCCUGCGUCGAGUGGCGGCCCGACGCGGUCCGGCAGUAUUUUUUUUUCUCUGUCUGAGCUCAUCCCUCGCUCCAGUUCCUCAUGAGUGACGGGGAGUGUGAUUUCUUCUGCUUUUUUCGGUGCUGCUAAAAGCUAAAGGGCCCCCUGGGAUUGGUGGUCCAGUCGGGGGUGGAGAGAAGCGGCUCAGAAGCUGCCGAUAGGAGGAGAGCAGGGUGUCAGUCAGGGAAAAGGUCUGGCCCAGAGGACUAUGUCUGUGGAUAUGAGUAGCCAAGCCUCAGACAGCAACGAGGAAUUCGAAGAUGACGAUGAAGACAUCGGCGAGGGAGACAUCCCUCAUUAUUACGACAACCUUGAAGAGGACGUGGCAGUAGAAGAGCCGUUCGACCCCGAAAAGUACCAGUUCAACUGCUUGACAUACAGGGAGAGUCAGAGGGUACUGACUGAACAGGUCAACAAUGUAGCCAGUGCCCUGAAGGUGUCACCAGCUGUAGCCAAACUGGUGCUUGUACAUUUUCACUGGCAAGUGGUGCAAAUACUCGAAAGGUAUAAGUCCAACUCUUCUCAGUUGCUCUGUGAAGCCUAUGCUCAGCCCACAACCACCUGCAGAUCUCUCACUGCUGGGACAUCGCUGCAGUGUGGCGUGUGUCUGCAGCUGGUCCGGAGAGACGCUCUCCUCUCUCUACCCUGUCAGCACUCCUUCUGCAAGGGAUGCUGGGAGCAGCACUGCACUGUACUUGUCAAAGAUGGCGUGGGAGUAGAGAUCUCCUGCAUGGCACAGGACUGCUCUCUCCGCAUGCCGGAGGAUUUUGUUCUUCCUCUGCUGCCCAGCGAGGAACUGAAAGACAAAUACAGACGCUACCUCUUCAGGGACUACGUUGAGAGUCAUUUCCAGCUGCAGUUAUGUCCUGGCGCCGACUGUCCGAUAGUUAUACAAGUUCAGGAACCUCGAGCUCGCCGAGUCCAGUGCAGUCGCUGCGAAGAAGUCUUCUGUUUUAAGUGCAGACAGAUGUAUCACGCUCCCACAGACUGUGCUACCAUCCGCAAAUGGCUGACGAAAUGUGCAGAUGACUCCGAGACGGCCAACUACAUCAGUGCACACACUAAAGAUUGCCCUAAGUGCAAUAUCUGCAUUGAGAAGAACGGAGGCUGCAACCACAUGCAAUGCUCAAAGUGUAAACAUGAUUUCUGCUGGAUGUGUCUGGGCGACUGGAAGACUCACGGCAGUGAGUACUACGAGUGCAGUCGCUACAAAGAGAACCCAGACAUCGUUAAUCAGAGUCAGCAGGCCCAGGCCAGAGAGGCCCUCAAAAAAUACUUGUUCUACUUUGAGAGGUGGGAGAACCACAAUAAAAGCUUGCAGCUAGAGGCACAGACCUACCAGCGGAUCCAAGAGAAGAUUCAGGAGCGAGUCAUGAAUAAUCUGGGCACCUGGAUAGACUGGCAGUACCUGCAGAACGCUGCCAAGCUACUGGCCAAGUGUCGUUAUACACUGCAGUACACCUAUCCCUACGCCUACUACAUGGAAUCUGGACCCCGCAAAAAACUGUUUGAGUAUCAGCAGGCGCAGCUGGAGGCAGAGAUCGAGAACCUGUCAUGGAAAGUGGAGAGAGCAGACACUUAUGAGAGAGGAGAGCCGAGCGCUAAUGAUAGAGGGGAUCUGGAGAAUCAGAUGCACAUCGCUGAGCAGAAGAGACGGACGCUGCUGAAGGAUUUCCACGACACCUGAACAUCCGUCCACUGAAUCCACAUAGAGUUCGCUCUUCUCUCAACUUUCUUGCCCCCUUCUCUCCAAAGAUCCCCUCUUCUUUUUUUUUUUCAAUACUCUACAUUGCAUCUCAGAAUGUUCUGUCCAUCUCUUUGUCUCUCUCAUUUAUAGCAUCUUUUUUCAGAACCUUUCUGUUUAUUCAUUUCUUUCUCAGCGUCCCCCCAUUUUUUUUUCGGUUUUGCUCUGUAAUCUUUUCUCUGCUGCAGGGUUUGAGAAUAGCACGAUUGUAUCCUAGCGCUCGCAUACACAAACAUGGCGUUCUCACAUCCCCAGCUGACAUUAUACACAUGCAUACACACACGACACUCAAAACACUCCACCGAAACAGUCUAACUCUUGUUUUCCUCCAGCACUGCUCCUGCCAUAACUUCUGACUCCUUUUCUUCUCUCCCUUGCUUUCUUCUCAUGUUUUUUUUUCUUGGAAAGGCUGUUGAUAUAGUUUAGAUCAUUUAAAAAAAUAGAAAACUGAAAAAAAAAAGAAAAACAAAUGAUGCUGUAAUUUUCAACGGUUGUACAUUAAUACAAAAAUAGAGUUACUGAGAGAAAGUUUUUAAACCAGA